AUGCAAUUUCAAGCAUUAAGAUUAUUUCAAAGAGCUAGACAUCAUGUACCUUUGAUUAAAUUCCCAAGCAGACAUGGAGCUCCAGUAAACACUCAUUCUACUACUACUUCACAAUCUAGUUCUGCAUCUUUUGUAGCACCAUCAUCAAAUACUAAUAAUAAGAACAAAAACUAUACAUAUCUCGCUCAAGCUCCACAUAAAAGACUUGCAUUAAAACAAGAAGAAAUGGAUAUGAUCAAUCUUGGAGGUAUUUUCGAUCCACCAGCACCACCAAAGAAACCAUCAAAGAAAUAA